UGUGGCGACAUCUGUGUAUCGGAACAAGUGAUUGGUGAUUUAUGUGGUUCGGGGGAGAAAUUGGGUUCGAUCCCAAGGCGGUUGUGUAAAGUGUCCAUCACAGGAAAACCGGAAGUGACAAGCGUGUGUGAGAGGACGUCUAUCUUUCGUUUGCUCAAUGAAACGUGCCAACUGACGGAUCGAAACUGAAGGUGUGAGAAGUGGUGCCGUAAUUGUGAAUAGAUUUUGUGAUAGCAGCAAGUGAUCGUGACAUUUCGAAACUUUUCUCCGUGCGAGCCUAAGUCAACUGCCAGGUUCUGGAAACCUGAGUGUGCGUGCUACUUUUCCUGUAGAAAGCGAUCACAAUAGUCGUCACGGUGUACGAUAACGGACUAAAGCUGCGUUCGGACGAGACAGUGCCGGGCUUCAGCUCGGCAUCGCCCUGGCCAACGCUCGAACUAGAAUGGGGUCGCAAGCUGUACCCAUCUUCGGUUCCUCGCGGGGCCGGUGGCAUGAUGUUCGGGUUGCCACCAACCGGGGCCGAUAUGAAUCAACCCCGCGGCCCGAUGACAUCACUCAAGGAGGAGCCGCUCGGAGCUCGAGCCUGGAUGCAACCGGCCGUCGAUACCUCAAAUCUGGGGAUUGGACGAGCUCACUUUGAGAAGCAACCGCCGAGCAAUCUGAGGAAGUCGAACUUUUUUCAUUUCGUGGUGGCGCUGUACGAUCGAGCCGGACAGCCGAUCGAAAUCGAACGGACGGCGUUCAUCGGAUUCAUCGAGAAGGAUCAGGAAUCAGACAGCACGAAGACGAAUAAUGGCAUCCAGUAUCGGUUACAGCUUCUGUAUGCGAAUGGUGCCCGCCAGGAGCAGGAUAUCUUCGUGCGGCUCAUCGAUUCGGUUACGAAACAGGCCAUUGUCUACGAAGGCCAGGACAAGAAUCCGGAAAUGUGCAGGGUGCUACUAACACACGAAGUGAUGUGCAGCCGAUGCUGCGACAAGAAGAGCUGUGGCAAUCGCAACGAAACACCGUCAGAUCCUGUGAUUAUAGACCGAUUUUUCCUUAAAUUCUUCCUCAAGUGCAACCAGAACUGCUUGAAGAAUGCCGGCAAUCCGCGGGACAUGCGACGGUUUCAAGUAGUGAUAGCGACCCAGGUCGCGGUGGACGGCCCUCUGCUGGCAAUCUCCGACAACAUGUUCGUGCACAACAACAGCAAGCACGGUCGCCGGGCGAAACGGCUCGAUCCCGAAGGUACGGGAGGUUCUCCGUUGGCCAUUUCCGGCCAUCCGCUGGCCCCGGACAGUACGUACGACGGCAUCUAUCCGCCGCUACCAAUGGCAACCCCCUGUAUCAAGGCGAUCAGCCCCAGCGAGGGUUGGACGACUGGCGGUGCGCAGGUAAUCAUCGUGGGCGAUAACUUCUUCGACGGGCUACAGGUGGUUUUCGGCACCAUGCUGGUGUGGAGUGAGUUGAUAACGUCGCAUGCCAUCCGGGUGCAGACGCCUCCCCGACACAUACCAGGAGUGGUGGAAGUCACGCUGUCCUACAAGAGCAAACAAUUCUGCAAGGGCUCACCCGGUCGAUUUGUCUAUGUCUCAUUAAGUGAACCCACCAUCGACUACGGUUUCCAACGGUUACAGAAGCUGAUUCCACGGCAUCCCGGCGAUCCGGAGAAACUCCCCAAGGAGAUAAUUCUAAAGCGGGCAGCAGACCUCGCGGAAGCUCUCUACUCCAUGCCCCGCUCCCCGAACGGUUCCUCCGGAUUCAACUCCUAUAGCGGACAGCUGGCAGUGAGCGUCCAAGAUGGCACAGGCCAAUGGGCGGAAGCUGACGAAUACACUCGGGCACAGAGCAGCAGCGUGAGUCCCCGGGGAGGCUACUGUAGUAGUGCGUCGACACCGCAUUCCUCCGGUGGGGGAUCGUACGGAAGUAGCAACGGUUACGCAACCGCAUCCAACAUGAGCGGGCUAACUUCCUCACCCGCCAGUGUCUUCAACACGUCGUCAAGAAUCAACGGCUUGAUGGCUGGUGGCAGUGGCUUUAGCCCCUACUCGAUGACCACCUGUGGAUCACAAGGUUACACCCCUAGCCCGCUGGCAGCGGCCACCACGACGUCCAAAUAAAACGCAACUCCAUAACGAAUGAUAAUCUUCGUCCGUUGUUUGUUGAAAACUUUCCUCUGUAAAUUACUCAACCCUCUUUCUGAGUUCACGUAUCUAUUUAUUACCCAUCCCUUCCCAUUUUUUUCGGUUUAAAGUGCAAUAAUGAAGAAAUACGGUGAAUAAGCUGUAAAAUUGUAAACUUUGUAAAAAGUCAGUUAUUUAAACUAAUAUUAAAAAGCGCAAGAUGCUUGAUAGUUAAAAUUUUGCGAACUCUGAUGGAAAAAAAUCAACGAAGUAAUUUAAAAAAUAGCAAAAAUACAUUCACAUAUCUUUGAAACGAACAAAAAUCGAAAACAUUUCACCCAAAUCAUAUCUACAUGUGUCAGUAAGAGAUUAAACAAAGCAUGCUACAUAAAUAGUUGUUACUCAAUAAAAAAAAGCGAACAUCAAAACAUGCCAACAUAUUAAAGAGAUUAAAAGGAACAUCAUUCUAAAUAGAAAAUCAGCUGCAACCAACGGACCCAGCCGACAUGACGCUAAAUUUGUAUACGAAAAAUGCCACCCCCUUAUGCAAAAUUUCAAUAUCCUUUCCACUGCUCGUUUUAUUUUCCGUCCUUGAAGCUUUCAAGCUUGCCUCCAAGCUUACUGCAAAGUUUGCUAUGGUAACGCUUCCAUGGCUGCGUACUUGAGUUACUUGACAUUUGCUUUUAGCAGUACACAACACAUUGAUCUCACACAAAAGCAAUCACAUGAGUAGGUACCUACUAAUUAGUUUUGUUUUUUAAUUAUUUUAAAGUUUAUACAUUUUUAUAUAUUCAACGAAGUAGAUCACUCUUUAGUUUUAUUCAUGCGGAAUAUUCCAUUGACAUUCAUAUCCCCCAAACAGCGUCAUCCAAUCUGCAACUCUGCGUAGAAGUGAAGCAAGUAAACUUUUAACGGAAAUCAAUUAUUGUUAAAUAGGUUCAAUUUUUGCAAAAAGGGUAACAAAUCUUGAAUAAAAAAUAAUGAUCAAACAAUAGAAUCAGCAUCAAUGAAAAGGAUCGAAAA